AUUAAAAAUAAAUCAAGAACAAGUCUAAAUCUAGUUUUCCCUUUAAAUAAAACCCCAAACCUAGCAGCCUUGCCUUCAUACAUCCCAAAUACUUUUGGGAUGCCAAAACAAUUUUACAAUAAACUAAAAAAUUAUUUAAUAUUUAAAAAUGUUCAAAAUUCUCAAGAAUCUUACUGCCCAGGGUCGCUGCCUAGCCCGUGGCUUUCACACCCAUCAGAAAGUAUACCAAGAACCCGGCGUCUUUGUCCAUCCGGAACUGCGUCGCACCAUUCCCUUCGUUUACUUCCGGAAGGGUGAACUCCCAGCCAAAUUGGAAAUGGAUAUACUACCCAGUCGGAGCUAUAGAAUGUCUCCCACGGAAAAGAAUCGCAGGAACAAGGAGUAUCUACGUCAGUUUUGCAAGAGGCAAAGAAGUUGCUUCACCCGCAGUUACAUUUGGUCUGAGUUCAGGCGAAAGAUGAUCUACGGGAGUUACUAGCAGGACUUAUGGCUUGGGAUUGGGCUAUAGGGUUUUCUUUCUGAGUUUUGUGGUCUAAAAAGUUUUUUGUUUUGAUCAGGUUGGAAUAACCUUAUCAAGAUUUAUGACUUUUUAAACCACAAAACCUCACAAAGUACCAAAUGAAUGUUAAAUUAAACAAAUAAAUUACUAAGUAAAGGAAAGAAAGAGGUUUUGGGGUAAAUGGAGGUAUUUGAACUCCUUCUAAAGUUUGCCAAAAAG